GCUAGUGCAUUGAUUUUACCCACAAAACCCGCCUUGGGCCAUGGCGCGAAUCGUCGAGAGCAGUCUGACAUUUCAUAAUUGUCAGACGAAGAUUUCUUUCCCAAUUCUCGCGACCAACUGGGUGGUUUUGCAUUAAUGUCUAAUGACGUCGUCGGGUUAUAAAUAGAGAUGCUGUCGCCCGUUUAGCUGGCACGAGGAGGAUGAGCCAUGCCGACCGUCUGGUGGAGCAGUUGCUUCAGGUGCCCGCCCGCCUGCCCAGAGAAUCGGAGGUGCGCCAGCUUUGCAAGUCACUGGGUGAUUUGCUCUCCGGCGAGCCGAAUCUGCUGAGACUCCAGAGUCCGCAGAUAGUGUGCGGCGACAUACAUGGCCAAUGGCAGGACUUGCUCCAUCUCCUCCAGUUGGGCGGCCCAGUUGCCCAGCAUCGUUACCUCUUUCUGGGAGACUUUGUGGAUCGAGGCAAGAACAGUCUGGAGACCUUUCUACUGCUGGCCGCCCUGAAAGUACAACAACCCAGUCAAGUGAGCCUGCUGCGAGGCAACCAUGAGUGCCGUAGCGCCACCAAAGCAUACGGAUUCUACGAGGAAUGUCAAGCCAACUAUGGCUCCUCCAACGUGUGGCGUCUAUGCUGCCGAGUUUUUGAUCUCCUGCCGCUGGCUGCUCUGGUGGAUGAGAAAAUCUUCUGCGUCCACGGAGGUCUUUCCCCCAAGAUCGAACAGUUGGAUGACCUUUAUAAAGUGGACCGUCGCAUGGAGAUACCGGCCGAAGGUGCUAUGGCAGAUCUUUUUUGGAGUGAUCCUUGUGAGAUGCCUGGGUGGACACCGUCUCCCCGCGGACAUGGCCAUCUCUAUGGCAAGGAUGUGGUGAACAAGUUUGUCCAACGAAAUGGCCUAUCCUUCAUCUGCCGGGCUCAUCAACUGGUGCAGGAGGGCUAUCGGUGGCACUUUGAUCAGCAGCUGGUCACCAUCUGGUCGGCACCGAACUACUGCUAUCGCUGUGGCAACAAGGCAUCCUUCAUGCGGCUAAAGACAGUCGAUGAUUAUGAAUUUCAAGUUUUCGAGGCGCAGGCGCUGCACACCAAACCCCAGCCCAGAAGGCCCAAAAAGCGGUGCCGCCAGUUCUUCCUGUAAUGGAAGUAAUAUUUAAUUAAUUAAUAAAUCUCUCCCAGUGAAUGGUAAUCGAAUUCAAAGAGAGAAUCCAUUGUCAAGGGUAGGCAAUCAGCUGUUGCGGCUUAUCUAAUAGCACCCAUCC